AUGGAAGUAGGGAAUAACUUUGAUGUUAAAGAAGAACCAUUUAAUCCAGAUGAAGAUGAACCAGAUGAUUUGCCUUUAAAUGAAGAUGAAAAUUACGAAAAUUUCGUUGAAAAUGAAGAACAUAAGUCCCAAUCCAAAGGAGGCAACAAUGUCAUGUCUCUUGUGCAGCUGACAACUCCUCCUUCAUGUAAACAAAACCGCAUUGUAGGAGCUCAAGGAAAGUGGAAAAUUGCUAAAGAAAAGAAACAAUAUAACUGUAAAACAUGCAAGUAUAAAUUCACCAGUAAAACAUGGCUUAUCAAACAUGAAAGGAUGCAUGAAAAUAUGGAUAACAAAGCCAAACUGUAUAAAUGUGAAAUUUGUAGGAAGGAAUUUGCUCAGAAGAUAAUCUACCAUGACCAUAUGGCAGCACAUGCAGGGAAAAGACCCUAUGUAUGUGAUAGAUGUGGCAUGGACUUCACAUGGUAUAGAGCCUUCUACAGACACCAGCAGCAUCACAAGACAGGUGGUAAAGAUUUCUCCUGUCAUCUAUGUCAAAGAAGAUUCAAUAAUAAUUGGAAUCUCUCUAGACACCUUAAAGACAUACAUCAGUCAAAACAAACAUUUAAAUGUGGUUUAUGUGAAGAACUCUUUGAAAAGAAAAACUUGUACCAGAUGCACAUGAAAGCUCAUGAUCGAGCGGAAAGAGACAGAAGGAAAAAAAUUGGUAUCGUAAGUGAAAGGGUGAAACAAAAACAUUUAAAACUUUCAAAAGUAGUUCGUACUAUGAUGCAGUCCCAAUUGGAAAACAAAAACAAAGUAAUUGAUAAUGGGGAUAUCAUGUCUAAUAAUGACAACAUUUUAGCCUCAGAAUUGAUAGAAAAGAUCUCGGAGAACAUAGGUGAAGAGGAUACAAAUGUUCCUUGUGAUGUAGACAAUAAUAUUGAAAUUUCUCAAAAAAUAUCUGAACCUGAAAGUGCAGCUGACGACUGUUUUGUUGAUGCAGCUGCUACCAAUGGAAGCAGACAUACAGAUAUUGUCAUAAAGCCUUCAAUAGUAAGAAAUCAAAAGCUAAGUCGUCAACUGUUUCCUUGUGAUAUUUGCGGAAAACAUGUUUAUCAUUUGAAUGUUCACUUGCGAAUCCACAGUGGUGAGAAGCCAUUUACAUGUUGCUUAUGCGACAAAGAUUUUGCUCAACGAGAGGCACUGAAAAUUCAUUACAGGUCUCAUACAGGGGAGAAACCUUUCGCCUGCAAUACAUGUGGUAAAAGAUUUGCAACCAGAGGCCUGCAAAAGGAUCACGCUUUAGCUCAUAAAGGGGACAAGCCCUACCAGUGCAAUGUCUGUGAUGCUCGGUUCUCAUGGAGAGGCGCUCUCAGUAGACAUAAGCAACUUCAUUCAACUGGACCUAAACCACACGCAUGUUCUGUUUGCACUUUCGAAUGUAGGAGAAAGCAUGAUCUUUUAAAGCAUGAAAAGACACAUUUGUAUGACAAUAAUCGUUAUAAGUGUGAUUUUGAAAAUUGUACAGCUGUUUUCUCUAACAAGAAACACUUUAUAAAACACAAAAAGAUACAUAAAGGUUCCAGAUUGUAUGAGUCACGCCCAGACGUCCAAAUUAUCAAAAUGCAAACGGCCAAGUAUGCUGACAACACCGAACAAAUUGAAUCCAGCAUAAAUGAUAUGGCAGACACAGUUGAAAUAAAAGAAGAACCAUUUGAAGAUUGUGUGGAUGAUAAUAACGCUGCUCUUGACAGAAAUAAGUCCGGUACAGCUAGUAUAUAUAUAAGAAGAAAAGAAGGCCAGGUAGAGACGUUGGUAACCAACGCAAUAGAAACACAUCCAGAUUCUGGCAAGCUUCGUUAUACCAGAGGGGAAAAAUUGCAUUUAAAUCCUGACUUGCAACUUUUGCUAAGCAAGAAGAUUAAUGAGAAGAAACACAUCCAAACGCGUAUUACUGACACUCGGUCAUCAUGCGAAUCUUUAAAAUCAAAUUUUGAAAGUCACAUACCCCUGAAACAAACACCAAGUGCUCAUGUGGUCGAUCACUUCAACUAUAGGAAAAAUCAGGUGACAGUCUCGAUGGAUGCCGUUAUCGAAAAUGAUUGUGAGGACACGAAGAUCUUUGACGACCCCAUAUCUAGCAACAAUAUAGUCGGUUGUGAAGUUUGUGGUAAAUCUUUGAACAUAUCUUACUACCAUAUUCAUGUGCGAAAACAUGUUGAAGAAAUGGCCCACAAAUGUGACAUAUGUAAAAAGUCGUUCUCAAGGAAAACAGACCUGAUAGUACAUUCCAGGGUUCAUACAAAUAUCAGACCGUUUAAAUGUACGAUUUGUCCCAAGGCAUUCAAAGUUAAAAGUUUAUUGGAAGAUCAUGUCAGAUCGCAUGAUGGAAUUAAACCGUAUGUAUGUAGUCUUUGUGAUGCAUCAUUUGCAUGGCGGUGUGCGUUACAUCGUCAUGUAAAGACACACUCUAUCAACAAACCAUUCCAGUGUGAGGUUUGCGGGAAAGAUUUUCGUCGUCGGGGAGAUUGGGCAGCGCAUAUUCAGAAGAAAACUUGUAAAUAUGUUAAGUCGAUCAUUUACAAAUGUAACGACUGUCAAGCUGUUUUUGCGAAUUUGGAAACGCUAGUGUAUCACAAUGAUAAACAUCACAAGCAAAUUUCGGAUUCGCACAGUGAGUCACCAACAGUAUUAAACACUUCUUCAGAGAUCACAAAAGAAUUAAAAUCAGAAUAUUUGUCGCCAGCACCGAGUGAAGAUUCCUCAACAAUGUUUGAUAACACGACUGUGCCAGAAGAAAGUGAGUCAGUGGAUGAACAAACAUGUAAAGACGAUGUAUUAGCUUCUAAAACGACCGCAAAAAAUGUGAUUAAUCCACACAAUCAGUUCUCGUUGUUGAGUGACACUGAAAAUAAGGAUGAUCCCUGUACAUUGGCGAAGGAAGCCGAAGAUAGAAUAAAAAAGGAUAUUCCAUCUUCGGAAAAAUCAGUCAUCCCCAUCAAGAAAGAAUGUGAAGAUAAUGAUUCAGUGGUUAUCUCAGGCGAUAUGAAUUCUGUUGAUUUAACAUAUGAAAAUUUUCCUGCUCAGCAAAUCGGUAAACAAAAUCAGGACCAUGAUGAUGACGUAGCGUUACGCUCGAACAAAAACGCUUGUAUCAACUGGUCAGGAUCUAAUCUACAAAUAGAACCGUCCUGUUUGAACCAAUCCUCUCCUAUCACCGAUGUUAACGAAGAAAAACUGAAGUGUAAAAUAUGUGGUAGAAGCUUCGUUUCUUCGAUAGGGUUGAAGGUUCACUUUCGGAUUCAUUCAAAAGAUGCUAUGGAUAUAUAUGCACUUCAUUUUCGUCCAGAUGAAAUGAUGACAAAAUCACAAAGGGAAAAGGAAGCAAGAAAUUUGAAAUACAAAUGUAAACUUUGUGAAAAAACGUUUCCAUUUGCCAGUGGGUUGAGGAUUCAUAUGAUGGCACAUUCCGGCAAACUUCCAUACACUUGUAAAAUCUGUGGGAAGCGUUUUCCAUAUUUGGAAUCUGUUAAAUCCCACAUGCGGCUCCAUACAGGUGAGCGACCAUUCACCUGUGAUAUAUGCGGAAAGUCAUUUGCAUAUCGUCACAAUCAUGAUGAUCAUUACAGAACCCAUACUGGUGACAAACCUUACAAAUGUGACCGCUGUGAUUCCGCAUUUACCUGGAAGAGUGCUUUGCAUAGACACCAUAAGACACACAGUCUGGAAACCUUGGAGGUGUGUACCAUAUGUAAAGCCAAAUUCAAAAACGGAGGACAACUUGUGAGACAUAUGAACAGGUUUCAUAGCAGUCUAGUAUGA